CGGAAAAUCUACUCUUGGCAAUGUUUUUGAACAAAAAUGAUAAUUUUGAGGAAGUUUUUAAGGAAAGUGAUGCUAGUAUCAGCGAAACCGAGCAUAUUCAAACCGAGAAGUUCGCCCUUGUUUUAG